AUUCAUCUUCAGAAUUAUCUGCUCGUGAUACUUCAACUAGUCGCAAUGAAUCUAGAAAGACGAUGGCACCAAAUGACUCCUUCAAUGCAGAAAACGAUGACGCAAUACCAGCAAGUUCAACACAAAAAACUGGUCUCGCUGGAGCAUUGAAUGUUAAAGGAUUGAAUUUUAAUAAAUUUAAAGAUCAAUUUACUCAACAUGCCCGUACGGUUAUAACUAAGACGCCAUCGCUUUCAUCGCUUUUAACAACUACAUCAGCAGCUGUUAAUGGCAGUAAUGAAAAUAAUAACAAGGAUAUAGUUUAUUGGACUGAAGUUUUUAUU